AUGGACUUUGAAUUGAAUGAUUCUCUAUAAGGGGAUAAGAAAAGACACAUUCUCUUAACUUUAAAUGGAUAGGCUGAUGCUGAAAUCAUCAAAUUCAGGUUCUUCCAAGUAUUUGUCUGUUGUCAUUCAUGAAGGGACAAAUAACAAUGCAUGAUAUUAAGAAGAAAAUGGAGAAGCAUUUUAAAAUGAAGAUAUCAUGGUUGAGACUCUACACUUAAUAAGGAGUUGAAAUUUUUGAAGAGGAUCUACUAUUUAUAAAAGAAGGAACAUUACUGUAUGUAUCGGAUAGUAUAAUUAUAAUAUAAUUUGAAUAGGUAGUGAAUUUGAUGCUUACUCUUAAAUAAGUGUAUAUUAAAUAAUGAAAGUGCUUGGAGAAGGAGGAUUUGGUAAGGUUAUGUUGGGUAAACAUAAAAUUUCAGGAGAAUAAGUGGCAAUUAAACUAAUUGAUUCAGGCAAAUUAUGGAAUGCCGAAGAUAUUGAUUUAGUAUUUAGAGAAGCAGAAGUGAUGAAGAACCUAAGACAUAAUAACAUAGUCAAAAUAUUAAAUUGUUACACUCUUCCUAAUAUGCAAGUUGUUUUGAUAAUGGAGUUUCUUUAAGGAGGAGAUUUAGUUGAGUAUUUAUAAGGUAAUCCUAUUAUGACUCAGCAUUAGAAAAAGGAGGAUUGUCAGAAUAAGAAGCCAGAAUAAUCUUUAGACAAAUUGCUGAAGCCAUUAGAUAUUGUCAUGAUAAACGAUUAAUACAUAGAGAUUUGAAAUUAGAAAAUAUAUUAUUGACAUCUAAGAUUGAGAAAAUCAUUAAAAUUAUUGAUUUUGGUAUAGCCACAGUAUCAACAAAUUUCACUAUUGAUAAAGUUGAUAGAGGAUCAUUAAGUUACAUGCCACCUGAAUUGAUGAGUGGUUAAGCUAUUGAAAUAAAACCAUCUAUUGAUAUUUGGGCUCUAGGAGUCAUAUUAUAUGCUUUAGUUUGUGGUAACUUACCUUUUACUUCCAAAAAUGAUGAAUAAACUAUUGACAAUAUCUUGAAAUGCAAUUACUCAUUCCCUCCUUCUCUCACUUUAACUAAAGAAUAUAAGGAUCUAAUAAUUAAUAUGCUUAAUCCUGAUCAGAAUCAGAGAUACUCUGCAUAUUAAGUGAUCAGACAUCCUUGGAUGCAAAAAGUAGUAACAUAAUCUCCUCCCAAUUUAUUAAGUCCAAAGGUCAUUGCAACGAAGAAGAUGAUUAAAAAAGAAGUUACAAUGGCAGGAGGACCAAAUAGAAAUUAAUAACUUUAACUUAGAGGUGGUGUUACUAUGAUGAGACCAGCUGUCUAAUCAAAUUAAAAUUCAGCAGUUAUACCUAUUAUUUAUGAAUUCUAAACUCGUAAUUAAUAAGUAAAUUUAUAAUUAAUAAGAGGAUCCAUAAUCUCCAAGAUCAUCAUUUUUAGAUAAUGGAACUAAUCGUUCAGUUCAGGAACCUCUUGAAAAUUAAAGUUAGGAUAAAGCUGUCCCUAAAACCUAAGCUAUUCGAAAAUAUUCAGACUUUAAUUAAAAACUUAUAGAUCGUAUAUUUCGAGAAGAUUCAAAACGAGAGAAAGUAAAGAAAUGGAAAAGUAAUUCACCUACAAUGAAGGGAUCUCCAAUAAAAUAAUAAAAUUAAGGUUCUCUAAAAUAAUGUACAAGUUGUCAUUUCAAUUCAACUCGAACUACAAAUACUUCUCCUUAUACUAUUUCCAGAUCUACUUUACAUACACCUAAUUUAAUUAGUCCAAGAUAAUCAUCUGAAAAUAAAAAGAGAUCAUAUGAUAAAUUGGAAAUUCAAACUAUAAUUAAUUUAAGUUAAAGAGUAGAAUGGAAAUAAUUAUAUUCUAAUCAAGUUACUCCUUAAAAUAAUAUUUAAAGUAGAAGAAAUACAAUGUCAGCUUCAAAAGCAGAUAUGCUUUAUAAAUUAUAAAUACAAUUCAAAUAAAGAUAAAAAAAUUAAGAUAUUUAAUAAUAAAAGAAACUUUAUGAAAAUAAUAAGGAAAUGACAAUCUAAAAAUUAUGCAAUAUCAUAUUUUCAUCAAGAAUUAGAGUUAAUCAUAAAUGAUCAAUUUUUGAAUAAUAUUAUAAGAAAUAAGAAAGUUUCACAUUUUUAUUAUCAAAUUAUAUCAACUAGUAUCAGUGUUAUGUUUGAUAUGCUUAUGACAUUUAUAGUUUACGAUGAAGUGAUUACAUACUGGCAAAUCGUUUUAAACUGUAUUCUGUUUUACAAGUUCUCUUACUAGGUUAUGCUGAUUUAUGUUCUGAUAAUGAAGAAAGAUUCUUGUUUUUUAUAAAUUGUUAUAUUGGUCUUUUUAAGAAGUUAUCGAAGUUCAUUUAAGAUAAAGUUUUUUAUUUUUAUCUAUCAAAUUAAGAUUAAGGACUAUGAAUUUCAGAUCUAGAUUCAUUUUGUAACUGAUGCAACAUUUAUAAAGCAUCAUUUUAAUAAAAUUGAGGUAGUGAAAUUAAUGUGGAUUAUCCUGAUUGUUUUCUAGGUUUUGCAAUUGAGACUCUUGGUUUAGAGAUUCUUUUACUAUUCUUUUAGUGUUAUGUUCUUAUUUUCUUAUAUUUAAAGUAAGCUAAAAUGA